GCUGAGUUCUUAAAGAACAGUAGGAUCCUUGCUGGUGAUGUAGAGACUCACGCAGAAAUGGUGCACAGUGCUUUCCAGGCGCAGCGGGCAUUCCUUCUCAUGGCCUCUCAGUACCAACAACCCCAGGAGCUCCUAGCCAAUGGCCUGGGAAAAGCAGUGGAAGAUGGACCAAGUCCUUGGGCUCCUGCCACCCACAUGGGAGGCCCAGAAGAAGCUCCUGGGUUCGGGCUGGCCCAGUCCUGGCCAUUGAGCAUUGAAGCCAUCUGAGGAGUGAACCAGCAGAUGGAAGACCUCUCUCUCUCCCUCUCUUUCUCUCUCUCUUCUUUAUUCUUUUUCUUCUUCUGUGUCUUUCUCUCUCUCUCUCUCUCUCUCUUCCUUCUUCUUUUUCUUCUGUGUCUUUCCAAUGAAUAAAUAAAUCUUUAAAAAUAAAUAAAUGAGGGGUAUAGUCCUGACUAAACUCCAAGAGUGACCGAUGCCCAUGCUGUGUGGAAACCCCAGUGGGCUGCCCCCUUAUGCUCCACUGUAGCUCUGCAGAACCUUCUACCACCAGCCAUUGACACACGUUUACCUGUGGCCCACUCAGGUGAAUACAGGGAAGCAUCGCCACCAAAGUCUAGAACUGUUGCUCAUUCCAGAGUUCAUAAAAUGGGUGGCUGCAGUGAGCCACAAGAGAAAUUGCAUUUAAGGAAAAUCAGCAACACUGUGAUACCGCUCAGUGCUGUCUCCUGGUGUCCUCAAAGUCUACCACUGUGUCUGAGUGGGCACUGAAUGGCUGAAUAUCCCAGGUCUGGCAUUACCCAGCGUCGCCUGCCAUCGCCGAGAGGGUUCAAUUUAAAACCUUCUGUAUAUGUCUUGGCUUGAGUGCUGGAAUUAACUCCUUGAAAUUUCUUGCCUUGCCCUUGACUGACUAGGGUUUUGUGCUCACUUCCUCACUUACCAAAGUUGGUUGAGAUUCUACUAUUUGCCAGAUUCUCGGCUGGGAAAAUAGUAGUGAACAAAACAGACUUGUGUCUAUUGCCGCCAUCUAUUUAGCCGUAUCUGGGGUGCUCCAGAGGGGUGUUACCGUCCUCCAAAGGGCAUUUUUGAAGCUUGUAAGAGUCCUUUUUGGUUGUAAGGUGUGGGAAGAUGCUCCUGUCAUUCAGUGGGUGGUGACGACAAAUAUCAGAAAUCCAGGAACACGCCCCCAGUACAUUAUCCCUCAUCCUGCUCGAAUUUCAGUGGCUUACCAGAUUUGAAUGUAGGUGGAAAAAUCUAUUUUUAAUCAUCUGAGCUUAGAACCUAAUCCCAUUCCAUAUUCCGUAUGCAUAUGCAUAGUAAUUUUGUACUGUUUUAAUAUACCCUAAGUUACCGUGGAUUGCAACUAUGGAGCAAAUUAAGGUAAGAUGUCGCUUUGUUUUUGAUCUGAAUUUUAUCCUGUGUUUGCCAUAUCAGAAAAUUCUGUCUCCAAAUAUCUUCCAGAGGCUCUUGCAUUGGAGUUGAUUGCACACUCACCUGGUAUCAGCCACACCUGGGGCUGUCUCAUUUCCCAUGAGUUUAUGUAUAGUUGCAAGUGAGACCCCUUCAUCUCUUCCUUGUGUAAUCGUGGCCAAGCAUUUUUGCACUGAAAUUGCUUUCUUUUUAUUUCAUCUAUUUUUUGAAAGAUUUUAUUUAUUUGGAAGGCAGAAUGACAGAAAGAGACAAACAGAGAGAUCUUCAAUCCAUUAGCUCAUUCCCCAAAUAGCCACAGCAGUCAGGGCUGGGCCAAGCUGAAGCCAGGAGCUCCAACCUCCAUCAAGGUCUCCCACAUGGAUGACAGAGGCCCAAGUACUUGGAUCAUCAUCUGCUGCCUUCCCAGGCACAUUAAUAGGGAACUGGAUCAAAAGUAGAGCAGCCAGGACUCAAAUCAGCUCUCUGAUAUGAAAUGCUUAUGUCUCAACCCGCAGCGUAACCCACUGUGCCACAAUGCCAGCCCCUUUCUUUAUUUUACAAUUAGGCAACAUAUUAUUUUUUAAAAUUUAUGUGUCUCUAGUGUAUAUUAUCUGUAAAUUUCUUUGAAGCUAGAAAAGAAAGGAUUAGAGGCUGGUGCUGUGGUGCAGUGGGUUAAAGCCCCAGCUGCAGUGCCGGCAUCCCAUAUGGGUGCAAGUUUGGGUCUCAGCCACUCCUCUUCCAACCCAGCUCUCUGCUAUGUCCUGGGAAAGCAGUAGAAGAUAGCUCAAGUCCUUGGGCCCCUGUACCUGCGUGGGAGACCCAGAAGAAGCUCCUGGCUCCUGGCUUCAGAUCAGCUCAGCUCUGGCCAUGUGGUCAUCUAGGGAGUGAACCAGCAGAUGGAAGACCUCUCUCUCUCUCUCUCUCUGUGUGUGUGUGUGUGUGUUUUGUGUGUAACUCUGUCUUUCAAAUAAAUAAACGAAAUCUUGAAUAAAAAGAAAGAAAAGAAAGAAUUGUAGAAUACUUGGGAGUUUACAAAAAAUUUGGCCAGUUGUAACAGAGUUGGAUGCUCCUGCCACAGAGACAGGACUCUGCAGAGGGCUGCCUAUGAGUUUUAAGCUGUCGCCUCAGGAUUCCCCAUGGGUCCAGUCAGAACAAACAGCAUCACAGCACUGGAACUGGGUCCUGGAGACCUCCUGUUAGGCCAGGCACUAGCCUUUGGUUGCUGGACUGUGGGGACCUUUAGGGAAUCUGGAAGAGAGACUGAGGCAGCCAGAGCAGCAGGAGAUGCCCAAAGGGUCUGACAGGUGGCCAUUUACCAGGGUCUGAACAACUGGUCCACUGCCCUGCUGCCCUCAGCUGAGUGCCAGCCCUAAGCGCAGCCCUUCUGCCCACACAUCUGUUUGCCGGCUAAGUGCACGCUCCCUGCUGCACUCCCAGCCACACUGGGUAUUUCCAGAGAAGCCUGAAAACCCCCUUCCAGCCUUCUUAGUGUCACGGCUUCUGGGUCCACCUUAUCUAGUAUAUUCCAGGGACAUGGAGGUCCUUCUGACUGCAUCUCACAGGCACUAUGCUCUUCAUUCUUUUAUCAACAACGGUGUUUAACCGAAAAUCACCCCGUUUUGUCCAGUUGGCAAUGACAUGGCUUUUCGUCGGUAUCUGAGGUUAGUAAAAUUGCUUGAACAUUGGCAGUCAUGAUGGCAGCUCAGACCUCCACUGUGUGUCAGCCAGGGUACACACUGUUCCUGAUGUAGUCAUCACCAGAACCUUUUGGAUGAAUGUUGCUGACUUCUUAGGAAGAUGCUGGGGCUCAGACCAUUGUGAAAGUGAAGGUAGGACCAGAAGUGUCCUACUCCAAAGUCAGAGCUGUUUUCAGAUCCUAAGAACGUAAGCUUUGGGAACCAGGCUUAUCUAAGAUCAAGUCCAGGUUCUAGCCAGAUGCUCUUGGGCAAGCUACUAACUAUGUCUCAGCCUUGUUCCUUCGUUCGUAAAACAGGGGUAAUAGUGCCGAUCUUGCCAACCUUUCCAGGUUUUGCAAUAUUUAAAUAAUACGUAGACUCCAAAGUUCAGUGCAUGAUUUAUAGUAGGCAAGCAGUAAAUGUUCACUGCCUUUCUAUUCCUGCCCCCACUGCCAAAAUGAUCUUCAGAUGACCUUUACCCCAAGGGACACCUGCAGAUACUUUUUUUGUGGAUUUCCUGAUGGUGAGGAUCAUGUCGGUCCCAGUGGCUGCUCAGCCCGGUUGCGUUUUGUCACAGCCUGUCCCUGUGUUUAUUCUGGAAGAAGCAGCAUUUAUUGUGCCAGAGGGAAGGACAAGGUUUGACUCCAUUGGCUCUUUUCCUUCGCAGGAAUUAGAUUUUUUUUUAUUACAGCAGUAAUGUGUAACGCUGGAGAGGUCCAUAUUACAAGUUCAGAGAAGUCUUCUAAAACCAGUGAUGGGAAGUAGUUACAUAUUUUCCCUCCUUCCUUGUGAUGCUAGCCAGUAGUAGGGUGCAUGGAUUGGUGCUUCAAUUUUGUAAUCUGGUGUCACACACAUACAAAAAAAGUCCAGAAGCUGAGUCUAGCUCAUAAAGCCAGCUCUGUAGAGUAGCAAGUGAGAAGGGGUCAGAGCUGAAAAAAAGACCCAAAAGAGAAAAGCCAGGUGAGGGCCACACCAAAGGGGUCAAGUGGAUCCUUGUGGGUUUCGUGCGAUGCUAAGCAGCUGCCAGCUUAUUAUCCACUAGGUGCCAAGGCCAAGAACAGCUGGAACUGAGAGUGAUGGUUGGCCCCUGAGUAACUGAAGUCAUGUGAGCCAGAGGAGGGAAGGCAGCUUCUCCCUACUUCUGUUUCCUGCUUGCCCUUCACCCAUGAUCCACAUUCCGGUGUGAUCCGCUGCUGCGCGUGACAGCCUGGCCAGGUCCAACAGCAUCAACCAGGCAGCCAUCAAAUACCGUGCCUGGCAGAUACUCUCGCCCACGCCCUUUUACAUGAAGAAAAACUCCCCGGCCUCUCUGGCCACUUUGUUCUUCAUGCUAGGAUAUUUCAUAUGCCUGUUGUUUCUUGUCUGUUUGUUGAUGGCUUUUAAACCCUUGGGGGAGGUCUUUUCUGUUCUCACUAAUAUAUUCCAAGUUCUUACAGUGAAAUCUGGCAUGAAAGGUGCCUAAUAAAUAUUUUAAUGGGGGAAAAAAAGGAACAACGACGUAUGAUAAGGUCAGCAUCAGUGGGCAGCAGGCAGGAAAGAAGAUUAUGAAGAAAAACAGAGGCAGAGAACAUAGAAGACAUUAUCUGAUUCUUUCGUUCCUUAUGAAUGAAAAAUGUUUGUAUGGAAACAAGAGAAGCCACUUCCAUCUUGAGAUUUCUGCUACGCAGGCUGCAUCCAGUUUCCCAGGGGCUUCAUUUUCAGGUUUCCCUUCCACAUUGGUGUGUGCAUUUAUUCAUUUGUCCAUUAUUCGCCUUACUGUGUUUAGGAUUAAAAUGCGAACCAGACUGCCACCAGUAUCCACUUGUACAACGAGAUUGGGUCUAACCAAGCCAACUGUCUUCAAUAGCAUGCUGCUGUCCAUUACCUCAGUGAAUCAAAAUCCGGUUCAGAUGAAGCCAAGUCCAAAAGCUUGCUGUCUUUAUGGGUCAGCUAGUUUCAGGAUCUAAUGAGUCAUUGACCUGGGAAAUGAGCAAAAAUAAUUGUAUCACCAACCACAGACUGUAGCCAUAAUCCGAGAUAGCCAGCUCACAAACCAUUGCUGCUGGCCAGAGUGCAUGACUCUGCCUAAACCAUGGCCGGAGCAAAACAGCACAGAGCUGACAGCACUGGCUGACGUUUGGCCUAAAGCACCGGCGGUGUAUAUGAGAACAGAGCAUUGCUGCUUCCACUUUGUGUUGAUCUGGAUUGGAACUGAGUCAUGCGGAACCCAGCGACCAAUUGCGUAUUUAUGCAUUGCAUGGGACUAAAUUGGAACCGGAUUGUACUGAGCACAGGGACACAGAGCACGUUGAUGUGGAGUACUGAGCUGCUGUGAGAAGACACUGACCAGCAGAGACAAACUGAAGAGGGGAGACAGGAAAGGGGCUGAACUGGAGGAGGGGGACAUUAAGGACAAGACAGCUGCACUGCAGGUGAUAUCAGCGAGGGCUGUGUCCUGGGAAAGCCUGGUCGAGGAGCAUCUACAUAAUAUGUCUAAAUCUGAACUCCGGCUCUUUCUGCUCAGUCUGCCCCUUCUGCCUUGUCCCUUUCUCAGUGGAUGGUAAAGUGACUCCAGCCUUCUGGUCACCCAGGUCAGAAAUGAAGGCAUCGUUCCCAAUUCCUCAUUUUUUUUUUUUUUUUGACAGACACAGUGGACAGUGAGAGAGAGACAGAGAGAAAGGUCUUCCUUUGCCGUUGGUUCACCCUCCAAUGGCCGCUGCGGCCGGUGUACCGCGCUGAUCUGAAGCCAGGAGCCAGAUACUUCUCCUGGUCUCCCGUGGGGUAUAGGGUCCAAGGACUUGGGCCAUCCUCCACUGCACUCCCUGGCCACAGCAGAGAGCUAGACAGGAAGAGGGGCAACUGGGACAGAAUCCAGCGCCCCAACCUGGACUAGAACCCGGUGUGCCGGCGCUGCAAGGCGGAGGAUUAGCCUAUUGAGCCACAGUGCCAGCCCCUCAUUUGCUCUUAAGUCGCACAACCGAUCUGCAGUCCACCUCUUGCUGCAGUCCCCACUGAAGUCACUCUAGCGCCAGCUACCUCCAUCUAUCCUCUCUGAAUUAUUGCAGUCGUCUCAAAAAGGAUCUCCUCGCUUCUGCCCUGAUGCCCCAGUGGUCUCCUCUGAGUGCAGCAGCCAGGGUUAGCCUUAGAAAAGACACACCAUGCAUUUCUCUGCUCAGAACCAGGCCAAGGUCCUGUCAGCAGCCUAGCGAUCUGUGCCCCUACACUCCCAUUUCCAACACAGCCUCCAGCCCCGCCACUUCCCCUCACUCUCUGCAUUGCAGGUCUACCAUCUGUUUGCUGUGCCAUGAACCCUGAACACCCGCUCCAACCUUGGGAUCUUUGCAGGGGCUAUUUCUUCUGUCAGAAUUCUCUUACCCAGAUGUCCACGUGGCUAACGUCACAUCCAGCUAUGUCGCUUCCUCAGUGAGACCUGUUUGAAAUUGAAUCCACCAUUUCUGUUUCCAGCCACCCUCAUGCAGCUGUAGAUUUCCCCCAAGGCUUUUUUUAAAGAUUUUAUUUAAAAUUGAGUAGGAUAAACUUAUUUUUCAUCUUGAAGCAGAUCCUGAAACUUGUGUGCUAUACCAUGGAAAGAUGAAGGGAUUCUGUGGCAGCAGUGAUAUGCCACUUCUUGAAAGGCAGCUGAUUGGAUGCUCAUGGGAUAGAAGAGUAAAUAUCUCCGAAAUAUCAACACAUUUCUGCAAACCAAAAAAAAAAAAAAAGAUUUUAUUUAUUCAUUUGAGAGGCAGAGUUACAGACAGACAGAAAGGUCUUCAUUCCCCAAAUGGCUGCAACAGCUGGAGUUGAGCAGAUCCAAAGCCAGGAGCCAGGAGCUUCUUCAGGGUCUCCCAACGCAGGUGCAGGAGCCCAAGCAAUUGGGCCAUCUUCCACUGCUUUCCCAGGCCGUAGCAGAGAGCUGGAUCAGAAGAAGAGCAGCCGGGACCAGAACUGAUGCCCAUAUGGGAUGCCGGCACUGCAGGCAGAGACUUAACCUGCUGUGUGCCACAGCAUCGCUCCCCCUCCAUGACUUUGACACCUAACGUGCUACGUGGCGUAGUUAUUUGUUUUGGUUACUGCUCUUUCGCUGUCUCCUGCUUUGACAGUUUGUUCUAUGUGUCAACUUGACUGGGCCAGGGCUGGUGCUGUGGUGACUGGAAUCCCAUACUGGAAUUGGAGUUGGAGUCCCUGCUGCUCCACUUCCAAUCCAGCUUACUACUAAUGCAUCUGAGAAGGCAGCAGGUGGUGGCCCCAGUGGUUGGGCCCUGCCAUCCAUAUAGUAAACCAGGAUGCAAUUCGUGGCCCUUGGCUUCAGCCUGGCCCAGACUGAUUGUUGUGGGCAUUUGGGGAGUGACCCAGCAGGUCAAAGAUCUCUCUCUCUCUCUCUCUCUCUCUGUCAUUCUGUCUUUCAAAUAAAUCUUUUAAAAAUUUUUUGACUGGGCCACAAAGUGUCUUUGGUCAAAUAUUGUUCGGGGUGUUUCUGUGAAGGCAUUUUUGGGUGAGGUUAACAUUUCAAUGAGCAGAUUUAGUCAAGCACAUUGUCUUCUCCCAUGUAGGGGCCUCCUCCAGUCUUUUCAAGGCAGAGUUACGCAGGUUUCCUCAGUGGUGGGCAUUUGGCAGGGUGGUUAAAAUGCUGCUUGGGCUUUCCGGAGGUGACGAACAACCUGCUCACAUGAAUGUGCCUCUCAAAAAGGAUCUCCUCCGUCCCUCUCCGGAAGGGAAGAGGGAACACAAGAAGAAGCACCUGGUGCAGAGCCCCAGUUCCUAUUUCAUGGAUCUGAGGUGCCCAGGAUGCGCUCAGAUCACGGCUUUCAGCCAUGCACAAAUGGUAGGUUUGUGUGGUGGCUGCUCCACUGUCAUCCACCAACCCAGGGGAGGAAAAGCCAGGCUUUCAGAAGGAUGUCCCUUCAGAAGGAAGCAGCACUCAGAGCACCCUGAGUCAAGAUUCCUGGGAAAUCUUCCCAAUAAACACAUUUUGGAUGACGGAAAAGAAUGCUGCUUGGGUUGCUUGCAUCCUAUAUCAGGAUUUGAGUCCUGCUUCUGCUUUUGAACCAACUGCCUGCCAGUGCCCACCCUCGGAGGCAGCAGAUCAUGACUCAAGUAGCUGGGUUCCUGCCACCCAUAUGGGAGACUCAUUGGGAGCUCUGGGCUCCUUGCUUCAGCCUGGCUUAACCCUGGCUCUUGCGGGCAUUUGGGGAGUAAAUUAGUGGAUAGAGUUUCUCUGUCUGUCUCUGUCUUUGUCUCUCUGUCUUUCAAAUAAAAAUAGUUUUUAAAAAUUUAAAACAUAGAUUUCUUUAGUACCUAAGUUCAUAUGAGGAGUCUUUUAAAAGUUAGUGGAGGGGCCAGCGCUGUGACGUAGUGGGUAAAGCCACUGCUUGCAGUGCCGGCAUCCCAUGUGGGCACCGGUUCGGGUCCUGGCUGCUCCACUUCCUAUCCAGCUCUCUGCUGUGGCCUGGGAAAGCAGUGGAGGAUGGCCUGAGUUCUUGGGACCCUGAGGAAGCUCUUGACUCCUGGUUUCAGAUCACAGCCAGUUGGGGAGUGAGCCAGUGGAUGGAGGACCUCUCUCUCUCUCUGCCUCUCCUUCUCUCUCUCUUUGUAACUCUGACUCUCAAAUAAAUUAAUUAAUUAAAAAGAAAAAUAAAAAGUAUAUUAUGAAAAAAAACUAUGCAUCAGUUUUUAAAAAAAGAAAGCUAGUGGAAAUUGAAAAGAUAUUUAGGGAGCAGGUGUUUAGCCUACCAGUGAAGAUGCCUACAUCCCACAUUGGAAGUCCUGGGUUCAGUGUCUCACUUCAGCUCCUGACUCCAGCUUCCUGCUAAUACACACUCUGAGAAGCAGCAGAUGAUGUUUCAAAUACUUGCAUCCCUGUCCCAUGCAUGGGAGACCUUAACUGAAUCCCCAGCUUCCAGCUUCGACCUGACCCAGCCCUGGCUGUUGAAGACAUUGGGAGAGUGAGCCACACUCUCUCUCUCUAAUAAAUGGAUUAUUUUUUAAAAGUUUAUUUUGGGCCGGCGCCACGGUUCAAUAGGCUAAUCCUCCACCUAGCGGUGCCGGCACACCGGGUUCUAGUCCCGAUUGAGGCGCCGGAUUCUGUCCCGGUUGCCCCUCUUCCAGGCCAGCUCUCUGCUGUGGCCAGGGAGUGCAGUGGAGGAUGGCCCAAGUGCUUGGGCCCUGCACCCCAUGGGAGACCAGGAGAAGCACCUGGCUCCUGGCUUCGGAUCAGCACGGUGCGCCGGCCGCAGCGCGCCAGCCGUGGCAGCCAUUGGAGGGUGAACCAAUGGUAAAGGAAGACCUUUCUCUCUCUCUCUCUCUCACUAUCCACUCUGCCUGUCAAAAAAAAAGUUUAUUUUGGUGCAAAAGAAAUUUUGAAAUCCAUGCAUAGCUUUUUUCAAGGAGGCAUUUUCCAUAAGCUUCUUGAAGAUCUCUCAUAUCCAAGAAGAAUUAUGAGUCCCCAAAGGGAGAUGCAUGUGCAACAUCCUCCCCCUCAACCUCUGUUAGCCAGGAGGAGGCAUCGCUGGUGUGGAGCUGCUCACCGCACGGUGGCAGGUGCUGAGUUGGGUGCACCACUCUGGAGAAGAGCAAACAGUGGCACCUUUUGAAGAUUGUGCUAGCCUUAAAAGAGAAAGCACAUUGCCAAUGACAAGUCAUUGGAGCUAAGUACCCAGUAAUUACUGUGAUUCCAGGCAGUAAUGGUUUCUCUACCUUGUGGAUGUCUGAAGACUCAGGGGUAAAUGUUGAAAUUCUAUGUAUCUCCUAAGUUUGAGAUUGAAGCUAAAGAUUUCUCAGCUUAACUAAAUGAAUCUCAGAGAACAGAUCUGGCCAUCCUUCCAUCAGGAGUUCACUGAUUCAGGGGAAAGACAACGACUUGGCACGUGCUGUUGACUUGGGGUGGGAUUUUUCAGAUGAAAGUUUUAACUUAAACAGGUUUAUCGUGAGAAAGUAGACACAACUGAUGAAAACCAGUCCACAUGGUGUCUGGCGUGUGGUCAGUGCUCACCCACCAUUGGUAGAAAAAUAGAUGGAGUUUAGAAAACUUUUUUUUUCAUUUCAAAGAACUGAUUUUUGAUCUGUGUAUUUAGUCUUAGAUUUUAUAAAGCUGGUGAAUUUAAAUGAUUUGGACAGUUCUCUCCAGUUUAUAACCCUGGGAAUUAUUAGUGAAGUUGCUGUAGGUUUGACUAAAGCACAGUAAGAUCCACUGCUCUUCACUUUUAAUGUGCAGAGUCUCAUAAAGUAAAAUUAUAGAUGAUUAUAAAAUUCAUCACUGUCAGAAGCCAGAUGGUACCUCCCAGAUAGGGUAAGAGUUAAUGUCUUCUCAGCUGAGCCAAUAAAAUAAACGGAAACAAUAACAAAAUGCUCGAUGAGGGUCUUCUCAUUUCUUAUUCCUGUUGUGGAUAACCAAGUUCAGCUUUGAUUUUCAACAUAAUUUUCCCCCCAAAUUUCUGAUUUCUCUCUGUAGUCAUUUUGUAUGCCUCUAUCUGUCAUUGUCGCUUAUUGAGCCAUUACUUCCUUCUUUGUAUCUCAAAUAGACCAGCUCAUCCUAUGCCCCUGCCAUGAACCCAGAAUUUUACAGGAACCCAUUUAUAAAGAGAGUUAUAGUAGAGCUUUGUGUGUAUCCUAUAUUCACUUGUCAGCCUUCUCACCACUGCAUGAAUAGAAAAGAUAUUUUCUCUGGGCUCUUCUUUGUACCAUCGGUGAAAGCAUCUAUCAGAACAACUGUAGUGAAAGCUACAAAUCUUAGCCUGAAGGGUCAGUUUAUGUUAAGGAAUUUUUGUUUGUUUGUUUUUUAUUUUAUUUUUUUCUAUCAUCUUCCAACCCCUGUUCUUGCACCAAGAUUCAGGAUACAAGAUAUUCUAGGGACACAAAUUGUUGUGGGUCAUUGCAUUAAAUGUUUAGAUUUCCAUUGAACUUGACUUUAAAAAAAAUUGAAAGCAAAGAGUUACACAGAGAGAGAGAGAGAGAGAGAGCUUCCAUUAGCUUCCAUUAGCUGGUUCACUCCCCAGAGGACAACAAUGGCCAGGAUUGGACCAGGCCAAAGCCAGGAACCAGGAACUUCUUCCGGGUCUUCCACAUGGGUAUGGCAGCCCAAGCACUUGGACCAUCUUCUGAUGCUUUUCCCCAGACCUUUAGCAGAGAACCAGAUAAGAAGUGGAGCAGCCAGUACUCAAACCAGCACCCAUAUGGUAUGCUGGCAUUGCAGAUGGCAGCUUUAUCUGCUAUGCCACAAUGCCGGCCCUUGAACUUGACUUUUUUAUAUCACAUACCUACCCUCCUGAAAAGUGUCAGGCAUUAAGAGAUUAGAGAAGACUGUAGCCCACAUGUCAUGUCAGCAGAACCAUGUUCUUGUUUGGAUAAAGAAAUGGUUGGUUUUAGAGUAAGCCCUUCCCCAAAUAGCGCACUACCAAAUCUAGAACUGAUGAGAGGUAGAGUUCACACCUGUGAACAGUGGCAAAGACCAAAAUAGCGAGUAAGAACUGACUGAGAAAUGUCUGUUGCUCAUUGGUUCAGUGGCCCCAAAAUCCCACAUAAACCCUUACAACUUAAUGACUGUUACCUGCAGAGGAAGGCAUGACUUCAGAAAUGACUCUCAAACUUUUGUAGAAAAGAUUUUCCAUUAAAAACUUCCAGUUUCCCACAGCAAGUGCACUGCUCUACGUUUAUGAGAAAAAUAGAACGAUUGGACUUCACACAUCAGUGCCACCCUGAGGUCUUACCUGCAUCAUCCCAUGUCCCAGACUGCAGGCUGUGGCGUGCCCAGUGGCAGAGGAGGAGCUUCAUAGUUUAGACCCUGAGCCUCCACACACUACUAAAUUCUAUUUCAUAUACAUGGGAGCCCAUUCGUAUUCUCUAUACUUUCCGUAUGUCUCAAAUCAUUUAAGAACAAAAACUAUUACUGAAAAAAAAUUGUGCUGAUGAGAAUCAUGGGUUGUUGAAAGAUUCGAGUUAAAAAUUUCAGUAGGAUUUUAUGCAUGUGAAAAGCUUCUCUUUGGGCUGGCAGGACGAUGCAGCUCUCUAAAGCACUGAAUUCCCUAAGAAGACCAAGUCACCAUAUUUUGCUCUAGACUGGGGUGGAGAAUGUCCCCCAGGCUGCAGACCGUAUAAGACCUGUAGAAUCAUUUGGUCUGGCCCUGCGAAGGCACCUGCAGGCAGGUCUUGAAAUUCAAUAAAUCUAUAACAGGCUAAUUUUUAAGUUGAUCAUUUUGUGUGGCCUGCAAAUGAUGUUAUAAAUAUCCAAAUAGCCCUUGGCAGAAACAAGGUUCCCCACCCCUGCUGUAAAUGGAUGAUUUUUAAGGAAUAUAAUCAGAAGCAUUUCAGAUCCUUGAGUGCAUUUUUAAGAGCUUAGCAACCCUAAAAUGAGGCAUAUAUGUGAACUGUAAAAUCUUAUGAACAUAUAAAAAUAUCUUCUGGGAACAUAAAAAAUAUUUGGCCUAGCAGAUAAAACACCAGUUAAACAGCCUGUAUCCGAUGCUGGGAGUGCCUGUGUUCAAUAUCUAGCCCUGCUUCUGUUAUUUUAUUUGUUUAUUUAUUUGUCUGUUUAUUUUUAUUUGAAAGGUAGAGUUACAGAGAGAGAGAGAGAGAAAGGUCUUCCAUCUGCUGGUUCACUCCCCAAAUGCCUGUGAUGGCCAGAGCUGAGCCAUUCUGAAGCCAGGAGCCAAGAGCUUCUUCCUGAUCUCCCACGGGGGUGCAGGGGCCCAAGCACUUGAGCCAUCUUCCACUGCUUUCCCAGUCCAUAAGCAGAGGGCUGAAUCUGAAGAGGAGCAGCCGAGACAUGAACCAGCACCCAUAUGAGGUGCCUGUGCUGCAGGCGGAAGCUUAGCCUACUAUGCCAUAGCCCCAGCCCCUAGCCCUAGUUCUUGACUCCAGCUUCCUGGCUCAAGUAAUUUGGUCCUUGCCAGCCAUGUGAGACCUCUGCUGAGUUCCUUUUCCUCCCAGCAUCAGCCACAGUCAAGAUCAAUGUGGGCAUUUGUAGAGUGAAUCAGUGGAUGAAAGUAUGUUUGUCUCUCUGCCUCUCAAAUAAAUAAAAGCUAAAGGGAAAAAGAGCUCAUGGGAAAAUUGAAUUAAAAUAUAAGUUUAUUUAAAAAAAAUAUGUUCCAAGGAAUAUGUCAUUAUGCAAUGCAAUGUCAGCAUCAUGGCCUCAUGUACAUUGGUGAUACUUGGUGGAUUUUGUUUAUUUAGAUUGACUUCUAUGACAGUUUUGCAAGCACUUUCAAUUCUCAAGUUGUCUAAAAUGCACAAGCAUUUUUGAAAAUGUUUCCAUGAGGCGUAUUCUGAAAUCUCCUAAAUGUUCCUGGACAGUAAAAAUGUUUUACAUAAAAAGAACAUAAAGGGGAAAUCUCAGUGGUUGCCCAAAGCAGAAGUAACACAGUUUUACAUUUCUGAGGUUUAAAAGCUUGCUUCUGACUUUAAAAAUGGUGAAAACAAUUGCUUCAAUUAGUAAAAGGCACCCCAAUGUUAUAGUUUCAGAUGUAAAUGCUAUUCCUGACUUGAAUGAUCUUUGCUUGAGAAAACUUGGUUCUUCUUUGUUUGAAUAAUUUAUUCUGGCAAGCUUUGAAUGUGUUUUCCUGAAGUCACUCCCUGAUUGGAAGAAUGAGGUUAAUAUUUUCUGAUAUAUGCAAAUUCAAUAGUACCUAUAUUAUAUUUUUUCUACUUGUGAAGAUUUCUUUUUAUUUAUUUGAAAGGCAGAGUCACAGAGAAAGAUCUCCCGUCUGCUGGUUCACUCCCCAAACAGCCACAAUGGCCAAGGGUAGGCAAGGCUGUAACCGAGAGCCAGGAGUUUCAUCCAGGUUUCCCACAUGGGUGGCAGGGGUCCAGGAAUUUGGGCCAUCUUCUGUUGCUUUCUCAGGCACAUUAACAGGGAACUGGAGCAGAAGUGGAGCAGCCAGGACUUGAACUGGCACCCAUAUGAAAUGCUGGCUUUGCAGGCAGUGGCUUAACCCUCUGUGCCACAUCAGCCCCCAAUUUUUUUCUGCCUUUGAAGAUGCAUGGUGGUUAGUAGGUUUUGAAAUUUGUCCUGGGGCCGGUGCUGUGGCAUAACAGGUAAGGCCGCUGCCUGCCAUGUCAGCAUCCCAUAUGGGUGCCAGUUUGAGUCCCAGCUGCUCCACUUCCAAUCCAGCUCUGCUAUGGCGUGGGAAAGCAGUGGAAGGUGGCUCAAGUGCUUGGGCCCCUGCACCCAUGUGGAAGACUCGGAAGAAGCUCCUGGCUCCUGGCUCCUGGCUUCAGAUUGGCUCAGCUCUGCCCAUUGCGGCCAAUUAGGGAAUGAACUAGCGGAUGGAAGACCUCUCUCUCUCUUUCCCCACCUCGCCUUCUUUCUGUAACUCUGACCUUCAAAAUAAAUAAAUAAAUCUUUAAAAAAUAAAAUAAAGUGAAACUUGUCCUCUGAUUACAAAGGAAAAGUGUGUACAUGCCAGAAUUUAGAAUAUGUAGAGAAGCCAAUAGAAUUGAAUAAAAAUUCUCUGUUAAUUCUUUAAUACAUGUCUCUCUGUGUGUUUGCUAGCUGUAUGCUCACACACACACACACACACACGUACACACAAGCAAAUCCAAAGGGAGUCAACUGGUAAAACAUUGUACAAAAGCAUACAUAAACCGGGGUAAUAAUGAUAAAUAUUUUGUAAUAUGAUUUUCUAAGAAUAUCACUUGAUAUGAUCUUUCUUAGAAUUUUAAAUGUGGGGAAGAUCCAAACAUUAAGAAGUUCAAGUUUUACUUUCAUGCUUGAAUUGUAAUGGUAAUGCAUUUGUAGUGUAAAAUUUGCCUUUGAAACCUUCUUCCUAAAAUGAUAGAAUUCUCACAGUACUUGCCAGAAAUAUACAAAUGGGAUUUUAUUUGUGCACUUGCUUGUUUUAAUUGAACUGCUUGAAUUUGGCUCUUAGAAUCAUUCUUUAUGGUUUGAAAAGCCACAAUUUAAAGAUAUUGUUAUUUUUAGAGAUAUCUGUAGUAAUUAUAGCUAAAGAGAAAAAAUGGACACCAGUAUCUACCUAUACUUGUGUUUUCCCAUCUGUGCUUUCCAAUGCUUCCCAAAAAAUGUAUAAUAAAGUUAUAAUAAGAAAAAUAGAUUAUUCAAAAAGAAAUAACAAUGAUGGACCAUUUCCCACCUGAUGGAGAACCUCAUGAGCACUCUGGAUUCCAGAAAUAACAGUCUUUUUUGGUUUUACUCAAUGACACAUCUUUGAGGUCAAACUCUCAGAGUUUGUUCCAUCUCUUACAAAACAGCAUGAGUGGGAAUUUGGUUUUCCUUUUAGGGUAAAGUUUCUACAAAGGUUGCUGAUAAAACUCUUUCAUUUUACUUUCUGCAAAACAAUUCAGUUACUUCUGGAGUGAAACUGAGAUGAAGCUGAUAAUGGGGCUCAAUUCUUCAACUUUAAAGCAGAAGCUAAGGUCAUAAAGACAUGGAGUCCUAAAAUACUCUCCAAAGCUCAGCACUGCAGCUCAGAGCUCUUGGACGCAUUUGCUGAGAACUUGCAGUUGGCUCAUGUGUCACCUCCACUUGGGCCAUUUUUGCAUCCUUUAAAAGGCACAGAAUCUUAGGGAGGGGCUCAUCCUUGCACGAACCUUGAACACUUCUUGUCUUUCAGAAUAAAAGAAACCUGAGGGAAGAGUUGUGAAACUAAGAAUAAUAGUGAUCUUGUUGACAUGUAUGUGAACUUGGGCAAUUUAAAGUCCUUCCAAAGCACACUGUGUUCACUCCACUGGGGGAGAAAGGUGGUCUCCUUCAGUGGAAGAUCCUUGUCUACAUUUAAUCGACAUCCAUGCAACUCAGCCUAAUACAUGAUUUAUUGCUAAACAGGCAGAAGUACCUCUAACCAACAGCCUGCCCAUUUGUCCACUUUAACAUCCCACACACUGAGCCUUGGCUGAUAUCACAGGAUCCACUCUGCUGUCCUCUCUGAGUUUGGGUUCCAGCUGUGAAGGUUCAGGAUGAACCAGGGAAGAUAAGCCUGCUUUAAAGUACAGGAGAAAUCUAUUGGCACAGAAUAGAAGUUGUGUUCUUUAUUGGCGUUGUGCAAACAGCUGUCGUACUCGGUUCUCCCAGCAUUGCUUUCUUUUCUUAAAAUGAUGACAGUUCUCAUGCAAUUGCCAAACUAAGGCAAAAGGAAACUUUCUCAAUCUUUAUGAUGCUUUCAUCAGAUAACCAAUAUAAAAUAUCUUCCAGAAUACUCUGUCUCUUCAGACUUUAGAGUUUGUUCUUGGGAAGUUAGAGAUGAACCAAGAUGGCCUUAAUAAAUCUCCCUAGCAUUGUAAAUACUUAGUUUCUGCUUCUUGUUCCCUCGAAGCAGUUGGCCAAGUGGCACCAACAAUUUCAAUAUUUUGGUCUUUCUCAACUAUGCCAUUGCAUGGAGAAUAUUAUAGCUCAGUAAAUUGUUGGAGAAAGUUAGGAUGGGAAAAUGUAUGCCAGACCUUUAAUCAGGUGUUGAAUUGGGACUGAAAAGAGGGAGAUAUUUGCUCUCUAUAGAGUGAAAUUUUAGGGAGAGCAUUUAAAAAUGACUUUUGGCAGUCAUUAAAGAGCAGAAAUUGGAUAGCAUUGUUUGGGGGUGGGAGUCGUUAGAAGAUUUUUUUUUUUUGAUUGGUUUAUUGUUGAGGGUUUUGGGAGGGCAAAGAGUUUGGGGAAUUUUUUUUUUCUGUUUUAUUUUUGUUUUGCUUUUCCUGAAAUGCUCUUAGACCCUUUAAUCGUUUGCUAGAGCUGCCAUAACAAAGUGCCACAGAAGUGUAAGAUCAAGGUGCCAGCAAGGUUGAUAUCGUCUGAGGCCUCACUCCUUGGCUAGGUGAGGCGUCUGCCUGUGUCCUUACAUCAUCCUCCCGCUGUGUGUUACCCAUGUCCAAAUGUCCUCUUUUUAUAAAGACACCAGUCACGUUGGAUUAAUAACAUAAUCCAAUAGUCACUGGAUUGGAUAAUCAUUGGAUUAAAGUUCAUGAUAAUGACCUCCUUUUAACUUCACUAGUUUAAAAAAAAAAAAAAACAAUCUCCAAAUAUGGCAACAUUGAGGUCCUGGGAGCUGGGGCUUAAGUGUGUGAACCAGGGAGGACACGACACAGACCAUAACAACCCUGAUUCCUGGUCUUCAUGCCAAAUCGGUAAGACCUUUGCUUUGUAAUGACCAGAAGGGAAGGAGAGAAGGCAGGGAGGUUUUGUGGAUUUUUACGAGAACCAGCUAGCUUCUGCAGCAGAUCUUUGGUUUCCCUUCCUUCGAUAUGGAAGGAUCUAGAAGUCCACUGAGAACUUUGAGAACACUUUGCUUUCCUUCCCUAUCUGUUUUUGUUUCCUGCAAUUAAAAACAGGUCCUCUGUCCAUUUGCAAAUCUCAGGAAACUGCUCUCCCUUGUUCACAUGUGUGACAGGAGAGAGCUCAGUCGAAUGGCCAAUCUGACUUUUUGAGUGGCAGCAUCUCGCAGCUCACUGGCCAUGUGUUGAAUGCCCACCAUGCUCUGCACCUCUUGCCACAUGCAGACACGUCUUCUCAUUUGCUCCUCAUAACAUCCCUGUGGAGUACCCUAUGAACCUUGUUUUGCAAGUUAGAUCAUGGAAUCUUGGGCAACUUUGGUGAUUUGGUUCAAGUGAUUUGUGUAAGCCUAGUUCACUAUGGAGAAAGGAUUGAAUCCAAGCAGUCUCAUUCUAGAACCUGAGCUCUUACUGUCUCCACCAUGAAUUUCCCUAAUCUUGUUGGUAGAGAAGAAAACUGUGUGUGGAAAGGCGACCACAUUGUUCUCAGUGCUCAAUACAGAGAAUUGUCUCAAGGCUCCCCAGAAGAGCUAGGUUCCAGCUGCAGAUUUGCCAACUCUUGUAAGCUGAUCUGGUCUCAGCAAAUUAUCUUCUGGAGCUUAUAUCCCUGUAUGUAGAAUGAGAGAAUUGGAUUAUUUCCAUGGUUCUCAAACAUGUGGACUGAAAGUCACAAAAAGAAACAAUUUUUUUGCAGCCCACUACACACACAUACACUGCAUAACUGGAACAAGUGCUUCCUGAGAUGCUCAUCCUUAUUAUAUGUGAAUGUCCUCUGAUAUUUUCUUUUUUGCCAGAAAACUUUAAUUUAAGGUAUACAAACUUCAUGCAUUUCAUAAAUACAAGGUUAGGAACACUGACCACUGUACCCACCCUCUCACCCUUCUUACUCCUCCCUCUCCUAUUCCUAUUAUUUUUUACUAAGACCUAUUGUCAGUUAAUUUUAUACAUAAAAGAUUAACUCUGUAGUAAGUAAAGAGUUCAACAAAUACUAUGGAAAAAAAAUAUUUUCCUUAACAGUCGAGUCAAGGUCUGUUCAAAGUCAUCGCAUCUCAGUAUGUCAAUUUCACUUCUAUAGAUUUCCUUUGAAGCAUUCUAUUAGUUAUCACAGAUCAGGGAGAACAUAUGGUAUUUGUCCUUUUGGGACUAGCUUAUUUCACUAAAUAUGAUGUUUUCCAUUUUCAUCCAUUUUGUCGAAAACAACAGGAUUGCUUUUAUUUUUUUACCACUGUGUAGUAUUCCAUGGUAUACAUAUCCUAUAAUUGUGUUAUCAAGUCUUCAAUUGAUUGAAAUUUGGGUUGAUUCCACAUCUUAGCCAUUGUGAAUUGAGCUGUAAUAAACAUGGCGUACAGAUAAGUCUUUCCUAUGCUGAUCUCAUUUCCCUUGGAUAAAUUCCCAGGAGUGGGAUGGCUAGGUCAUAUGGUAGGUCUAUAUUCUGAUUUAUGAGGUAUAUCCAUACUGUCUUCCACAGUGGCUGUAUCCCUUUACAUUCCCACCAACAAUAGACUAGGGUUCUUAUAUCCCCACAUCCUCACCAGCAUUUGUUGUUUCUUGAUUUCUGUAUGAAAGCCAUUCUAACAGGAGUGAGGUCUUUUCUUCAAUUUGUUAACAUGAUGUAUCACAUUGAUUUGCAAAUCCUACUUGGUCUGAGUGAAUGAUCUUUCUGAUGUGUUGUUGGAUUUGAUUGGCUAAUAUUUUGUUGAGGAUUUUUGCAUUUAUGUUCAUCAGGGAACUUGGUAUGUAGUUGUCUUUCUCUGUUGUAUCAUUUUCAGGUUUAGGAAUUAAGGUGAUGCUGGCUUCAUAGAAGGAGUUUGGGAAGAUUCCCUCCCCUUCAAGUUGUUUCAAAUAAUUUGAAAAGAAUUGGAGUUAGUUCUUUUUUUUUUUUUUUUUUUUUUUUUGGUUAGUUGGGACAAUGGUAUAUCCAUUUUAUUUAUUUUUUCAAAAACUCAGCUCUUCAUUUCACUGAUCUUUUGUACUUUUUUGUUUAAAUUUUGCUGAUUCUUCUCUAAUUUUAAUUAUUUCUUUCCUCCUACUAGUUUUGGGUUUGGUUUGAUGUUUUUGUAAAUCCUUGAGAUGCACUGACAGCUCAUUUAUUUGGUGCCUUUGCAGUUUCUUCUUGUAGGUACUAAUUGCUAUAAACUUUCCUCUUAUCAUUGCGUUUGCUGUAUCUUAUA